GUGCACGCGCUGCAGCUCCUGCUCGCUCGGUCCGUGCACGCGCGUGAGCAGGUCACUCACUUCCGGUCUGCUGACACUUUUGUGCGUGUACACUUCCUGCUACUGCUGCGGCGUUCGUUCGCGUGCACGAGUGCUGGAAGUGGGCACGAGUCGUGCACGAUUUGUGGCGCAUUGAAGUGUGCGUGUGCAUGAGUGUGUGUUUGUGUGUGUGUGGUGGGGGGUCAACGGGGGCACAUGACUGCUUAACGCGUGCGCGCCCUCUUGUGCACACGUCAACUGUUGCACAACUACCGCGUAUAUGCGUGUGUGUGUGUGUCAAGUGAACGUACAAACGCACACACGCUCACACAUAGACAUGAACACGCGUGCACACGCGCAAUCUCACGCUUCAACUCACUCCAUCUCUCACACACACACACACACGAACGCACCGGCAUGCAGGAAGUGACCAGGUAGGCCCCGCCCCUUCUUUGUGCAUCCAAUCACAGUUGAAUUGUUCACAUUUGAUGCUAAUGCCAUUUUUAUUUUACAGAUGUUGGACUAACCACAAAAACGCAGAUGCGAAGUGUUUGGGAAAACGUCAAACGUUUUCCUUCCUCGUCGUCGGCGUCCGCCUUGCAAAUUUUGGUCGUAUCGUUUGUCGUGAGGGUCGCGUCGGCCGGCUGCCGCCUCGCCAAUCGGUUCGCAUUUGAACCCUCGCCGCGAUUGUGAUGACUCAGCAAGAAAAGGCAAGAGGAAGCUGGUCCUGCCGCUCCCCAAGGAAGUCUUCCAGCAAGCGCCUCCUCCCGCACUGUGAGCUCAUCGGGAUGCUUUUCACGACAACGAAAGCGAGGCGCGCCGCUGGCCAAGUCUACGCUCUCGUUGGUCCACUCCCGCCUCGCUCUCCGGGCCCCGCCUUUCAGAGUCGCACGCUUUCCGAGUCACAGAUACUACAGUGUACAACGUGACGACGGCGACCCCGAGUGGACAAAAAUAAUAUGUGCACCCCAUAUGCCUAUUUUGUAUUGGUAUUAUGCAUACACUUCUAAAAUGUAUCUAUGAAUAGAAUAAAUACAUGGUAGUAAUUGUGUGUGGGGGGGGGUCGGUGUGACCCCUGCGAGCACAGCUAGUAAUCAAUCAAUCAAUCAAUCAAUCAAUCCGAGUUUUAGCAAUACAAUUGUACGCUUUCUUUUUUUUUUUUGUGGGAACUUUGGGAGCACAGACGCACUUGAAGAUCUUGCAGAAAAAGUGGACGCUUUUUGAACGCCGGCCUUUUUUACUGGCGGGACACGUCCCAAUACUUUUGCCCUCAUGAGAUGGACUUGUCGACGAAUGACAACUAAAACUGUUUCUGUGCGUUUCAGCCCGCCGAGAGAUUUAGACUCCAAAGCGUGCGUGACCAUCGGCGACAAGAAUUUCGAGGUGAAGGCCGACGACCUGGAGCGCAUCGGCGAGCUGGGCCGCGGCGCGUACGGCGUGGUGGACAAAAUGAGGCACGUGCCCAGCGGCGUCAUCAUGGCCGUCAAGCUGAUCCGCGCCACCGUCAACACUCAAGAGCAGAAGAGGCUGCUCAUGGACUUGGACAUCUCCAUGCGGACCGUGGACUGCCUCUACACCGUCACCUUCUACGGGGCGCUCUUCAGAGAGGGCGACGUGUGGAUCUGCAUGGAGCUGAUGGACACGUCCCUGGACAAGUUCUACAAGCUGGUGACGGAGAGGGAGCUCACCAUUCCCGAGGACAUCCUGGGAAAGAUCGCCGUCUCUAUCGUGAAAGCGUUGGAGCAUCUUCACAGCAACCUGCACGUCAUCCACAGAGACGUGAAGCCGUCCAACGUGUUGAUCAACACUCAAGGUCGAGUGAAGAUGUGCGACUUCGGCAUCAGCGGCUACCUGGUGGACUCGGUGGCCAAAACCAUGGACGCCGGCUGCAAGCCUUACAUGGCGCCGGAGAGGAUCAACCCCGAAACCAACCAGAAAGGAUACAACGUCAAGUCUGACAUUUGGAGUUUGGGAAUCACCAUGGUGGAGCUGGCCACCCUGGCUUUCCCGUACGACUCUUGGGGGACGCCCUUCCAGCAGCUCAAGCAGGUCGUGGAGGAACCUUCUCCGCAGCUUCCCGCCGACAAGUUCUCCCCGCAAUUGGUGGACUUCACCUCGCGCUGCUUGAAGAAAGUGUCCGAAGAGCGACCCACCUACGCGGAGCUGAUGCGACAUCGCUUCUUCACGUCUCACGAUGCCAAAGACACCGACGUGGCGACCUUCGUCAAGGUCAUCCUGGGGGACCGCUGAGGUCACCGGGCGUCACCAAUCGCAGCCCUUCUACCCGCGAGACUCCGCCCCCGUCCUCCAGGAAGCCAUCGGGAUGCGUCGAUCACGUUUGUUUUACUUACUCGUUACUCGUCGUGCUUGCAGGAAGCUUCGAUUUACCGAUUGAUCGAUUGUCUGAAUGACAAAAAAAAAAGUACGCGAGAGUUUUGUGAUGAGUCCAGAUAAUAAACAGUAAUCCAGUCCCCCUUCCAGUCUUCCGAUGCCCGUAUGAUGGCCAACGGCUCUCGGUCGCCAACGUCACAGUUUCGUUCGGCGGGAGAUAGACGACGGGAAGAGAAAGCACAGGGAUGAAGUUUAUGGGAAGAGGUGUCCCGCCGGUGUCCGAGGCGUCGACCUCCGCCACGGACUGGACGGCGAGAGGACGGGAGCACGGGCGAAAAGGGUCUUGAGUCGGUCGAAGGCUCGGGAUGCCGCCGGGGUCCGUUGACACGGAUUGCGACUUGGCCGUAGAAGUCGGCGAAUCCGAGGGAACGGAGUUCCUUGCGGUUGGUGGGGGUGGGCCGGUUCUUGGCAGGCUCAGGUCGGAGUUGUCGGUUGGAGACGACGUAGCCUCGGAAGUGUGCGGAGGAGAGGUGGAAUUCGCAUUUUGCGGGUUUUCAAGGAGGCGCCGGAGGAACUCGGCGUACGUGACUGCGAUGUUCUUCAGGGGAGCGGGACAAAAGGACAAUGAAAGCAAAACAAAGCUGUUCGGCGUAUCGCGGAGGACGUCGUCGAUGAAGGUUUCGGUUAAUCCCAACGGCACCACUUGGUAUUCCAAGUGUUCCGUUCAUCCCCCUCUCCGACACGGAGGCAUUUGGCGGGUCCGAUUUGGGGAAUAUCUGGGCGUCACGGAGGGGCGAUGAGGGCAAGCGGCGAUGUCAUUGAGUCCGCGGUAGUCGAUACCGGGGCGGAGAGCGCCGUCUUUCUUCUCAACAAAAAGAAGCCGGCGAGUCCGUUGCGGCGGAGAAACGGCCAGGUCUCGCGAUGACGCGGCGCGGCCGGUAAAGACAAAUGUUUGUCCGUGCUCAUCGUUUCACGAGCGAUCGAUGCAGAAAUCCAGAAAAGUCCAUAAGCUCGUGAUCUUUUCCCGGUUUGUCAUCUGUGUGACCGGUCCGUUGUUUCGCCGCUCGCACAUUGGCUAGCGACCGGUCCAGGUCGUACCCCGCCGGCUCACCCUAACGCCGUCGAAAACGCACAGACGGAAUUUGGUUCCGUUUCCCCCGAGGCGUCUGCGACCCCCCCGGGGAGUCCCGGUGUUGCGUUUGCGACUCGCAUCGGUUUUGUUGUGUGACUUCCGAUGUCGUUUUGUCGUUGUUGUUGCGUGUGCGGAGCGUUCCCAAGACUCUUGAUGCAUUUUCCCUCUUUUCGUCGAUUGCUCUCAGAACUCGUGCGUGUGAACUGUGGUCUAGAAAAAAUAACUAUUCUAAUUCAAAUGUCAUUUUUACCCAAAAAGCCUCAUUGACGCCAACAUUUCACCUCAUUUAAAUACAAGUAACCCUUUUUUUAUCGUUUUUCCACACGGGCGAGAUUUAGAAGUUAUGCUGUGCGUGUACGUGACGUAUCUUGCUGUUUUUUAAAAUGUGUAUUUAUGCUAUAAAUAGAAUAGAGCUUUA